AUGGUUGGCAUCAAGAUCAAAACUCUCGACAAUAGCGCAAAAGCUACUGCCACGACAUACAUUGGCGAUACAGUGAAAGGUGUGCGGAUUGCUUGUACAAAAGAGCCUGGCAGAUUCUGGGGGGCCGACAGCUCAGCUGAUCAUUCGAUAUUCGAAAAGACAAUUCUGGGAGUUCCCGCCAUUCUGGGCAUUCCGCUGGUAAUUCAUCGCGUCGGGACCCAGUCAAACAACCGCGCCGAUCUCGACUGUCAAAUCGCUACGUUCCUCAACGUCAAAUACGAGGACGGGCUUGCUCCUCAGUGGCAAUCACAUGUUGGCACGUGUCUCGUCGCUCGCGAGGACAAGGAGCCUCUGACCAGCCAGCAUCUCGAAGCGUUGUGGAUGUACAUCGAUAGAGUGAUGAAUUUCUGUGGCGAAGAGGGUCCCAGGCAGGCGCAGAAGGAAAUAACCAAGAAGCGGUUCGAGACAUGGUUUGAGAACUACAAGGAGAACGAGGCAGAGAACGGACGCACGGAGUGA